AGCGGAUGAUCUCAGGCGACGCCGCAAUAGCUUAGAGACCCGAUGUUGAGAUCAUGUCUAAACAGGCCAUAACCGGCUUGGGCAAGAUCUCCAGACCGAGGCGCGAAGGAAGGAAAACACGGCAAGUCUAUUUGAAAUCUAGAGCCGAGCCGUUGCGCCUCGACAUCUGAGGCUGCGAAUUAAAUGUUCAUGUGGAGCCGGGCUCGACCAUAUGGGAUAUGCAUAUCUCGUACUGUGCAGACUUAACUCCCUACCGGUGAUCCAAAAGGCUGGCUGCUGCAGUGCUGCAGUUGGGCAUCUGGCAUGGCGAUUGGGCAUGCUUCUCAUCUUGCUGUUUUGCUUCUGCCAGCGGAUACCCACUGAGCCGGGCCCAGGAAGCUUCGAACAGGGAAGAUUUUUCUUCUCUUGCAGCAGUCUUCGAACCUGCUCAGUCUCGGAACCCUGCUUUACGGCAAGGACGAACACGGUGGACGCGAGCUGCAUGCAUCGAAUGACCAGCUCGAGCUCGCCCAGUGCAUUUGCCACGACGUUGAGCAGACGUGAAUACAGCACCAUCGCCCCAACACAGCCCAUGGUUGGUGUGGAGGUCCCGCAAGGGUACGUUUCUGUGUCACCGCGGCCCCAUCGUUACCCGAAAGGGUUAAUUUCCCGAUGGAGUCGCCAAUCGUCGUGCGUUCCGGUCCGUGGUCGUGCCCUCCCAUGGUGGCUUGCACGCUAACGACGGAACUGAAUGCGAUGCAUCCGUCAGCCACUUUGCUAUUCUCGGACUUGCGAGUAUCGUCCGUUCUGCCGUCCGAUGAGUCCACGGAAAUUGGGCUCCCUCAUCUGUGCAUGGGGUUGCUUUUUCGAGACCCCCUGUCUUCGAUGCAUCUUCCGCGCUACCCGGCAGUUGCAGAGUGGCACGACGUCCGCUGGC